AUGGUUAUGGUAAGACCAUGUUUUCGAUCGAUUAUUCCACUUCUAAUAAUCCUACCCAGUUCACUCUUCACGCCUUCUUCAUCAUCUUUGCAUCCUAAUGCCUUAUCUAAAGGCUUAUCAAUCUCUGUUGAUCACGAACAUGAUAAUCUCGUUUCGCCAAAUGGCCUUUUCACUGCCGGAUUUUACAAGGUGGGCAUCAACGCUUAUUGCUUUUCCAUAUGGUUCACAGAGCCACAGGCGAAAAAUGAGAAUCCUACCGUAGUUUGGAUGGCAAAUCGAGACACACCCAUUAAUGGAAAACACUCCAAACUUUCCCUCCACGACGAUGGUAAUCUUGUUUUAGAAGAUGCAGAUCAGUCUACUGUUUGGUCCACACAGACAAAAUCCACCAAUGGUUCACUCAGUUUAAAACUUGAAGACACUGGAAAUCUCGUUCUUCAUCAACUUAAUGGUAUUCCAUGCAUGCUUUGGCAAAGCUUUGAUUAUCCUACAGAUACGCUUCUACCCGAUCAACUGUUCACCAAAGACUCGCAACUUGUUUCUUCAAGAAGUAGGUCAAAUUUCUCUUCUGGGUUCUUUAGGCUCUAUUUUGAGAACAACAACGUUCUGAGUCUUCUUUACAAUGGUCCUGAAAUAACAAGUGUUUAUUGGCCUCCACCUUUUUUGAAAACGUGGGAAGCGGGAAGAUCCACUUUCAACAACAGUAGAAUUGCUAAACUCGAUUCUGAAGGUAAGUUCAACUCAUCUGACGAAUUCGGGUUCUUUGUUUCUGAUUUUGGUAUAAGACGCAGUAGAAUAAUGAAGCUUGAUUCUGAUGGUAAUAUUAGAGUUUAUAGUCUUGUUGGACGAAAAAAGUGGGAGGUUCAGUGGCAAGCUUUUUCCAAUCCCUGCAAGAUUCAUGGCGUAUGUGGAGCAAAUAGUCUUUGUACUUAUUCUCAAGAACAUGGCAGGAAAUGUGAAUGUGUACAUGGAUACAAGAAAAAGAAUCAAAGCGAUUGGGCCUACGGUUGUGAGCCCAAAUUUAAACCUUGCGAACAGGGAGAGGAAGAUUACAUUCAGCUUCAUCAUGUCGAGUUUUAUGGUUACGAUAUGAGAUUCCUUCAGAACAGAACCCUUGAAGCAUGCAAACAAGAUUGUUUAAACGAUUGCAACUGUAAAGGAUUCCAAUUCAAAUUCGAUACGAAUUUCUAUAAUUGUUAUCUGAAGAAUCUUUUAUACAAUGGAUAUCAGUUGGGUUUUGAGCAUUCAACCUAUAUAAAGCUACCAAAAAACUUGGUAUCAUCUUUUCAACAAGCACUCGUCAAUGAAAUCGAUCCAACUCCAGUUGUCCCAAACAUAUAA